GGCGGGUUCGGGGGGGCGAGGCUGUGCCCGCAGCUCCUCCCGAGGAGGCGGCGCCGUCCCGGGGCCGCGCUCGGCUCCGCAGCCCCGCGGGGCCGCCCGGGUCCCCGCGCCUCCUGGCAUCGCCCGUCCCCCCGCGCUCGCCCCGGGCGGCACCGCCAGUCGCCGCGGGCACAAAGACGUCGCUGUGCGGCGGGGACAGAGCCCGGAGGGAGCGGGGACACAGAGCCGCCGCUGCCAUGCCGGUGACAGUGACACUGCCCGGCCCGGCCCCGUGGGGCUUCCGCAUCUCCGGGGGAAGAGAUUUCGGGAAGCCCAUCACCGUCUCCAAGGUUACGGAGCACGGGAAGGCGGCCACGGGUGACCUGCGGCCGGGGGAUGUCAUUGUCGCCAUCAACGGGGAGAGCACGGCUGAGAUGCUCAACGUGGAGGCGCAGAACAAGAUCAAGCAGAGCCCGGGGCAGCUGCGGCUGGAGGUGCAGAGGUCCCCGGUGCCACCUCCCAGCCACACCAACGGGGACACCUCUCCAGAGAGGUUGGCCACACGUUUCCAGGACACGCUGCGGAUGCGGGGUGAGAGCCAAGGCGCCCCGAGAGCCCCGGACCCCAGCCUGGCAUCCCUCCCGCACCCACCCGGCAGUGCCAGCUCACAACCCUUGGAGCAGGAGUUCACCUGUCCCGGCCUCCUCCAGGAGCGAGGCCUGAGCCGCCAGAACAGCUCCCAGGGCCCCGUCCUGCCCCCGCCCCCCUGCCCACCCCCGGCCGAGCUCGGAGCCCCCCAAAACCCCUGGGAGCCCCUCGGGGAGCGGCGCCUCUCCUCCUCCUCUGCCGUCACCUGCCACAGCCAGGGCUCGGAGGCGGCCAUGAGGCGCUUGGAGGAGGACUCGGAGGUCUACAAGAUGCUGCAGGAGAACCGGGAGCUGCGGGCGGCCCCGCGGCAAUCCAGCACCUUCCGCCUGCUGCAGGAGGCUCUGGAGGAUGAGGAAGGAGGAGCGUUCCCCAGCCGGCUCUCGGCCGGGGCCCGCCAGCCCGUGGCCGGGGUGCAGAAGCUGCACGUCUGUGAGAAGUGCGGGAGCAGCAUCGCGACGCAGGCGGUGCGGAUCCAGGACGGCCGCUACCGACACCCGUCCUGCUACACCUGCGCCGACUGCGGCCUCAGCCUGAAGAUGCGCGGCCACUUCUGGGUGGGGGACGAGCUGUUCUGCGAGAAACACGCCCGCCUGCGCUACCGGGGACCCCCGGGCGCGCCCGUCCCCCGCCCCGUGUCCCCCCGCUCCUGAGCCCGUCACCCCAGGGCUGUCCCACCCCGCCGGGCUGGGGGCGCUGCCAGGCUCGGGGGGUGGGAUUUGGGGGGAUGCGAUGCCCGUCUUCACCCCUUUGGGGGUGUGUGUGAUGAGCUGGGUGGGUUCUCAGCCUGGGGGACACAUUGUGGGGUCGCUUGAGCACUUGGGUACCCGAGAGGGGCUGGCACCGCUUGUGCGCCGACCGCAGGGCGAGGAAUGACACCAGAUUCUUCUCUAGAAAUAUAAUAUAAUAUAAUAUAUAUUUGCUCCAC